AUGCUACGGCCAGAAGUUGUAGAAAAACUGAAUUGCCCAUCCGUUGGGCUAGCCACAUCCUGGACCAUAGCACGGAACAAUAUACCUUUCGACAAUCUGGAAGCAGCGUAUACACUGUUCGAGCGAAAAUAUUGGCCCUUUCCCAAAGGGAAGAUAGCGAAGAGCAACAGCAAGGCUGCCGGUCUCCGUGAGCAAGGAAAUGCGGCAUACAAGAAGGAUCUGAAUGACCCGGGAAAAGCGUUGCAACUGUACAAUCAAAGCAUCUGCAUGGCCAAAGAAGGUUCUAAAGAUUUGGGAUUAGGUUACGCAAACCGGUCCGCCGUUUACUUCAACAGCAAACAGUAUCGUGAAUGUUUACAAAAUAUUGCAUUGGCCCGGUGCCAUAACUAUCCGGCAGAAAUGAUGCCAAAGCUGUUGCAACGAGAAGAACGCUGCAAGCAACUGAUGCUGAAAGCGGACAGUGAACGCUUGACACCGGAGAACCAGAGCACUAUGCGGCAUUGUGCGAUAAAAUCAUGCCUAGAGCUUUGCAAGGAUGGAAAAGGUAUUUGCACAAAUCGUAGCUUGGAUGUGGGAGAGAAGGUACUGGUCGAAAAACCGUACGUUCUGGUGCUGGAGGCAGAAUUCGCAUACGAACGGUGUGAUUACUGUGGUGAAAGUAAUGCACACAAUCUGAUACCCUGCCGGGACUGUACCGCUGUGAUGUACUGUAGCGAAGAAUGCAGGGAACAGUCGCUUCAGCGUUACCAUCAGUUCGAAUGCGAAAUCGUAGACGAUCUAAAACUGCUUUUCCGUGGGCCGAAGGCUACACGAAUAUUUCACGUUAUUUUGCGAUUAUUCUGGCACGGCGUAUUACUUUUCCUUGAGGACACGGAGGGUUUUCUCCAGCGAAUCGAAACACCGGCGGAAUUGAAAAAGUAUCGCGACCCAUUCACACUGGAACCGUCCGACUACGUGCUGCAUCUGAACGCCACCUAUGCGGAAACAUAUCCUAAGGCCAAGCAAUCACAGACGGGAAAUAAACAUAAUUUGUGUAUAGCACAAAUAAUGACCGUACUGAUUUACGUUUUGACGGUCCAAGAAAACACAUCACUAGCGACACGGCUCGAAGGAAAGUCGGGUAAAAAGAAAUUGUUGGAUUUGUUGCAUCGGUUGGUUCAUAACAUGGGCUGUCUGGUCAAUGAGGAUGUGGAGCAUGUAAUGUGCUUCUUCCCGUUUGCAAGCCUGCUGCAGAGCUCCGACACACCAAAUGCGGAACAAUUGUUACAGAACCUCCAGUCGGUGGUGGUGCUGAAAUGUCCGGUUGCCGAGGGAGAGCAGAUAACCAUCGCUAAAAAGUAAGAAC